UCCGUGGACGCGCGUAGCGAUGUCCUCUCGCAGAAUCCUUGCCUUGCCGUCCUAGGUCCCCCGUACGCUAACGACGCACGGCACGGCACGGCACGGCACGGCACCAUACCGCCCCCCCGGCCGUUUCCGCCACCUCAUCCUCGCCGCACAUCACCACCGGCACGCACCCCCCCCCCCCUCCCCCGCGACCGCCUCGGCCGCAGCCGCGCAGUCAGGGCGCAAUCGGUUCGAGGGUUUUAGAAGCGACCGGACCGAGCGGUACGGCUGCUUGCUUCACCCAUUGAAUCCAACCCCUCCGUCCAUCGUCUUCUCCACCGAAUCGCAAAAGAAAAAGAGAAAAGCGGAGGGGGUCAGUAGGAGGAGGAGGAGGAGCUUCGAGGCUCGAGAGAGAGUGAGAGAAAGUUGAAAGGAACGGAUAAAGUCUAGGUGGUUGGUGUCUCCGGAGAGCGGGGAGGCUUGUCGCGAGGCGAGGCGGAGGAGGGGAAGUUGGUGGUGGUGGUGCUUGGUCGCCUAGGGUUUCGGGCUGCUGUCCGGCCGGCCUACAGGAGGCAAAGUCUAAUGGCUACUGAGAGUGCCGUCCGUUUAAUUGGUGGGACAGGGGCUAGGGGCUGGAGUAAGGACUUUGGUGCAUUUGACUCUCCAGUGGGUAAUCUUUCAGGAGAAGAUCUGGGAUUUGUGGAUAAUGGCACUGGGGCUUAUGGGGGCUGGAGGGAAUCUGUCCCGAAUCGCAGUGGAAGUGCACCGCCUAGUAUGGAAGGAUCUCUUGUUGCUCUUGGUCAUCUCAUAGGUCAGCAGAGUGGGAGCUUCGAAGCUAGUUUGGCGAACUUGGAUAACGUGACUGACAAUUCCAAGUCUGAGGAGCAACUCUGUGCUGAUCCAGCAUAUUUUGAGUAUUAUGGCUCCAAGGUUAAUCUGAACCCAAGGCUUCCUCCACCACUUAUUUCAAGGGAGAGCCGCCGUAUGAUGAAUCGGGUUGGCAAGGUUAAAGAAUGGAGGGUGGUCUCCCAAGAUAACAGCAGCAAAGGCUCCUUAUUUGUCCCUCGAUCUACUCUAUCAACUCACAGAGAAGAACCUGAGGAUGAUAAAUCUCCAAGAUUGGAUUCUAGUUCAGUGGAAGACGCACAUAUUGUCUCCAGUCAAAAUGCAUCCAAUUUUGAGAGCCAGGAUUAUAUACUGGAGAGCUUUCAGCAAAGUGUUGCUUCUUUGCCUGACAGUUCAUCUUCUCAUCCUUCAAAUAGCAACACCGGCAAUGCUAUGGCUGUCCAUUCUGACAUAAAUUUUUCGAGGAGUUUAUCAGUUGAUGCUCUCAAGCAAUCAGAUUUCAACUCUUGGACACCUAAAAGCCCACUGGAAAGUACUGUUAGAAAUGACCUUUCAUUGCCACCCCUUUCCAGUUCAUCAUAUUCUGGCAGCAAAACUAGCGUGCAAACUUCUCAGCAAGAAAAGCCUACCGUAGACACCAAACCUGGAAAUUUUGUGCCUGGCACUGGUGCGGUUGUUACUGAACUUGAUACCGUGGACUCCAAUAUGAAGAAUUUGAAGUUAAGCUUGGAUGUCCAUACAUCCUCAUCUGUUAACCAGAAGUGGCAGGACAAUACCUUACAGCAGUAUGGCUCCUUGCUUCCAGUCCAAGGUGAUCCUAUUCAAAUGACUCCUCAAGGAACACAUCUUUCCCAUGUUCCUUUUGUUGACAACUUGUCUCAUAGUCAGCUUAAGUUACCUGCUGGUGACAUGCAUCAAUUUUUACCGCAACCUGGUAUGACAACACCUUUUUAUUCAUCAAAUUCUUUUGGAAGCCCUUAUUACCAGAAUUUGCACCCCACUAGUGUUUUACCAACUUCAUUUGGAACUGCUGGGUAUGCUUUAAGUGGUUCAGUUUUGCCACCUGUUAUGGCUAGUUAUGCUCCCCAAGGCUCUCUUGCUACACCUCUUGACAGUCCUAUGACCCCAAGCUUUAGUGGCAGGCCAUCUGGUUUUCCUGUAGCAGGGAAUCUUACCGGGGGAGCAGAUUUUAUGCAGUCAUAUAAAUUGUACGGGCAACUCGGGGUUGCUAUGCAGCCACCCAUUCCCGAUCCAAACUUCAUUCCUUUCUUCCAGCAUCCAUCUUUGCUUCAGUAUGCUGGUGGAAAUCAUUACAAUACAAUGGGACCAAGGUUUACUGUUGCUGGAAAUCUCGCUGAAAGCUUUGAUCCACGAAAGAUGAUACCUCAAGCUGCAUAUCCAUCUGAUCAGAGGCUUCAACUUCCAAGAACUGGAUUUUCUAAUUCUCCUACAGCCAGAAGAGGAGGGGCUGUUCCAAAUUAUCAAGGCAUUUCACCCUACGUUGGAGUACCAAUGACAUAUCCUACAAGUCCAGUGUUUCAGGGACAAACUUUGCCUGGAGUACUACCUCCUGGUAGGAGAAACGACUCUGUUGGAUUCCAAUCCCCCUCAAGAAACAUGAUUGCUAAUCCUGGGAUCCAAGGGCAGCGAGAAAGGCAGAAGUUUGAUGAACCAAAGGCCUGCUCUUUCCUAGACGAGUUAAAGUCCAACAGAGCUCGUAGGGUCGAGCUAUCUGAUAUCACAGGUCGUAUAGUAGAAUACAGUGCUGACCAACAUGGUAGCCGAUUCAUCCAGCAGAAGUUGGAAAACUGCACUGCUGAAGAGAAGGCAUCUGUGUUUGCAGAAGUUCUUCCUCAUGCUCCAUCAUUAAUGACUGACGUUUUUGGGAAUUAUGUGAUCCAAAAGUUCUUUGAACAUGGAACCCGUGAGCAAAGGAGGGAUCUUGCCACUAAGCUUGUUGGUCAUGUUUUGCCUUUGAGUCUUCAGAUGUAUGGCUGCCGAGUAAUUCAAAAGGCUCUUGAAGUUAUGGAACUUGACCAGAAAAUAGAUCUAGUUCGUGAGCUUGAUGGACAUGUUAUGCGAUGUGUUCGUGAUCAGAAUGGAAAUCAUGUUAUACAGAAGUGCAUUGAAUGUGUUCCCAUGGAACAUAUUGGUUUCGUGGUAUCUGCUUUUCAAGGACAAGUUGCUAGCCUUUCAACGCACCCAUAUGGUUGCCGUGUAAUUCAGAGAGUUUUGGAGCAUUGUGGUGGUGAUUCACUAGGCCAGUGCAUAAUAGAUGAGAUAUUGCAGUCGGCAUGCACCCUUGCGCAAGAUCAGUACGGUAACUAUGUUACACAGCAUGUUCUAGAAAGAGGAAAAACUCAUGAAAGGAGCCAAAUUAUCAAUAAAUUGGCUGGGCAGGUUGUUACCAUGAGCCAAAAUAAAUUUGCAUCAAAUGUGAUAGAGAAGUGUUUUCAGCAUGGGGAUAUUGCGGAGAGGGAUCUUCUGAUCAGGCAGAUCAUAGAGCAGACAGAGGGCAAUGACAAUUUACUGGCGAUGAUGAAGGAUCAGUAUGCUAAUUAUGUGGUUCAGAAGAUACUUGAAAUAUGCAGUGAGAGUCAGCGGGAACUCCUGCUCAGCCGUGUAAAGGGUCAUCUGCAAGCAUUGAGGAAGUACACCUAUGGCAAGCAUAUCGCCAGCCGAGUUGAGCAGCUCUGUGGUGACGGAGCUGCCGAGUUGGAUUCUUAAAUCCAACCUGCAAAUUCUUCACUGGAGGGGUGACUUGCUGUUUGCUAUCCAUCAGUGGGGAAGAAAGCAAAACAAGUCAAAACUUCAGUACUUUCCGAAGGCCUAACAAAACCGUCGCCAAAUAGUGUAUAGGUGUGACUUUCUUCAGGGUAGUGUUGAGGUUCUAGACACAAGAAUAGUGUAUCUAUGUUAGGGUGUGCUUAUUUAUAGAAUAAUAGUAGUUGGUAGCUGUGUGCAAAAGGAGUUUAGUCUUAUGGUUUGUACGUGAUAUACAUAUCGAAUGCCUGGUAAUGUAUUUCCUUGCUUGCA